AUGUCGAUGAUUGAAGGUGCUUAUGAUGCGCCGGGGAAGAGUGCGGAUGUGGGCGUUAAUCCCUAUGGCGGGCAUGAAAGUGUUCAACAUGGUGAUUUUGUCACGGAGAAUGAGGAGAGGGAUCUAAGGAGGGGCCUGGGGCAGAGGCAUAUUCAAAUGAUUGCGUUGGCUGGUGCCAUUGGGACUGGACUCUUUCUUGGACUGGGAUCUUCGCUACAGACUGGAGGACCUCUUGGUGCACUGCUGGGAUAUGCUUUCGUUGGCCUGAUCGUUUGUGCUGUUCAAUUCGCUCUUGGAGAGGUCACCGCACUUUUGCCCGUUACUGGAUCUUUUGUUCGACAUGCAGAGUUCCUUGUUGAUCCUGCAUUCGGCUUUGCUAUUGGAUGGAACAUUAUCUAUGGAAACCUUCUAAGUAUCCCGUCAGAGAUCUCGGCCAUCUGUGUGUUGUUUCAAUACUGGACUGAUAUCAAUCCGUCGUUGUGGAUUGUCAUUUUCAUCGUUUUGACUUUUGUGGUCGGAAUCGCGUUCGUGGGCAUCUACGGUGAAGUGGAAUUCUUCUUUGCCUUACUGAAGAUCGCACUGGUCGUCGGACUGAUCAUUUUGGGUCUUUGCAUUGACCUUGGUGGUGUAUCUGGAGUUCCUCGCAUCGGCUUCAGGUACUGGAAACAUCCCGGUCCCUUCGUCGAGCAUAUCGCUACUGGAUCAUGGGGUAACUUCCUUGGCUUCUGGUCCGUCAUGAUCAAUGCGGUCUUCUCCUUUGCUGGUGUCGAAUCGAUCGCCAUGGCCGCGGCCGAGACCAAGAAUCCAAGACAAAACAUCCCCAAGGCUUGUAAAAGAGUGUUCGCUCGUGUCGCACUCUUCUACGUUGCUUCUGUUCUGAUCGUGGGUAUGCUUGUCUCCAGCGACGAUGAACGUCUUCAGGAUGAAAGCGGUACCGCUGCACAGAGUCCUUUCGUCAUUGCAGCAUCCGCCGCCGGGAUCAAGGCUAUUCCAUCUAUCGUCAAUGCCGUAGUCAUCACCUCCGCCUGGUCAUCUUCCAACCAAGCUCUUCUGGCUGGAACUCGUGUGCUCUACUCUCUAGCUUUGAAGAAACAGGCUCCUGCUAUUUUCCUCCGCACAACUGCCUGGGGCGUGCCAUAUAUGUGUGUUCUUCUCCAGACAGUCUUCAUGUUCUUGGCUUUCAUGAGCUUGAGCUCUUCAGCCUUGACUGUGUUUUACUGGUUUGUGGAUCUGGUUGGUUGUGGUGUCUUGAUCUCUUGGUCUUGCGUUCUGGUCAAUCAUCUUAGACUUUUGGCUGCUAUGAAAAAGCAAGGUAUCGCAAGGACAGAGCUACCAUGGCAUAACAAAUGGACUCCUUACAGCUCUGCUGUUGCACUGACAGCUUGUCUGUUGAUCUUGCUGACGAACGGCUUCGCUGUGUUCACUCGUGGCGGAUGGUCGGCUAGCUCUUUCGUGUCAUCAUACUUGGAUAUUCCAUUGAUUUUGGUUGCCUACCUUGCUUGGAAAUAUUACAAGGGCACCAAGUUUGUCGCGCUAGAAGACAUUCCUAUCAGAGCCGCUCUGGACGAGAUCAGAGAUAAUCCCGAAACUCCCGAGCCAGUGAGAAAAGGAUGGAAGGGUGUCGUGAUGAAACUGCUAUGGGAGUAG